AUCUUUCCAUCUUCCCAGUUUCACGCACCUCUACAGCUCUACUACUGAAGGAGAGACUCAGACAAUAGAAAGAACUAGCUUCUAAAGCAAAAAAGGCUUUGGAGAAGUUUCUGUAAAAAGAGAUACAACCGUUACGUCUCUUUCUGUUGGGUUGGAAAGAUGUCUGCUAAACAGACCCGAAAGUUUCCGUCGAUUACGGAAUGUACCAGCUCAACUUAUGGCUCGAUUGCGGCGGAUCUUGAUGGCACACUUCUGGUUUCUAGUAGCUCUUUCCCGUACUUUAUGUUGGUAGCCAUUGAAGCAGGUAGUCUCCUUCGAGGUCUUGUGCUUCUUCUAUCUCUCCCUGUUGUCAUCAUUGCUUACCUCUUCAUAUCCGAAGCUAUCGGUAUUCAAAUCCUCAUUUUCAUUUCAUUCGCUGGCCUCAAGAUCCGAGAUAUUGAACUGGUUUCUCGUGCUGUUUUACCAAGGUUUUAUGCAGCUGAUGUGAGACAGGAGAGCUAUGAAGUUUUUGACAAGUGCAAGAGGAAGGUGGUGGUGACGGCGAAUCCAACUUUGAUGGUAGAGCCUUUUGUGAAGGAUUUCCUUGGCGGUGACAAGGUUUUGGGCACGGAGAUUGAAGUGAACCCCAAGACCAAGAGAGCCACCGGGUUUGUGAAGAAGCCCGGGGUUUUGGUCGGGAAAUGGAAGAGGCUAGCCAUUUUGAAGGAGUUUGGGGAGGAAGCCCCGGAUCUCGGAAUUGGUGACCGAGAAUCGGAUCAUGAUUUCAUGGCGAUUUGCAAGGAGGGCUUCAUGGUGCAUCGUAGCAAAUCAGCAAAACCUGUAGCACUAGACCGACUUAAAAGCCGCAUCAUCUUCCAUGAUGGCCGUCUAGUUCAGCGGCCGACCCCACUGAAUGCUUUGAUCACCUAUAUGUGGCUGCCAUUUGGAUUUAUCCUCUGCAUCAUUCGUGUAUACUUUAAUCUUCCUCUUCCUGAACGCAUCGUACGGUACACAUACGAAAUGCUUGGUAUCCAUCUUGUGAUUCGUGGAAAUCCACCUCCUGCACCAUCUUCUGGGUCCCCUGGCAACCUCUACGUCUGUAAUCACCGCUCAGCCCUUGAUCCAAUCGUAAUUGCCAUUGCACUUGGACGCAAAGUUUCGUGUGUUACAUAUAGCGUAAGUCGCCUCUCAAGAUUCCUGUCACCGAUCCCAGCCAUCGCUUUGACUCGUGAUCGUGCAGCUGAUGCCGCUCGUAUAUCAGAAAUUCUUCAAAAGGGUGAUCUCGUGGUUUGUCCAGAAGGGACCACUUGUCGUGAAAACUUCUUGCUGCGAUUCAGUGCUUUGUUCGCUGAAAUGAGCGAUAGGAUUGUGCCUGUGGCAGUGAAUUGUAAGCAAAAUAUGUUCUACGGGACGACCGUGCGCGGGGUCAAAUUUUGGGACCCUUACUUCUUCUUCAUGAAUCCAAGGCCGACAUAUGAAGUGACAUUCCUUGAUCGUUUGCCGGAGGGGAUGACGUGUAAGGCUGGAGGGAAAUCGUCAAUUGAAGUGGCGAAUUACGUGCAGAAGGUACUGGGUGAUGUCCUGGGAUUUGAACGCACAGCUUUAACAAGGAAGGACAAGUAUUUGUUGCUGGGAGGGAAUGAUGGCAAGGUGGAGUCCAUGUACAACGCCAAAAAGUAAGAAGGGUACUGUUUUGUUAAUCACUCAGCUCAGCGAAGGUAUUGCGUACAAUUUAGUUGUCUUUUGAAGUCAUUAUUGUUGGGACAAAUUAAUACAUUGGACUGGUUUUCCGAAUUGUGUUCAAAAUUUUAUAAUGAUUUGUUAAGUGUAGAAUUGUUGGGCGUCACGAUCUUAUAUUUCUUAUGCAGUUCAACUUGCCUAA